GUGAGGAUCCAGCUGAGGACCGCACCGAGAGGACAAGUCCAGCCGGAGGAACUAGAUCACCAUGAGCCUGUCCGCUGUGUUCCCUGACAGAGUUGUGGACUCAGCUGGUGCUGUGAGCCCUCAGGCUGCCCUGCACUGAUCUCUGUCUGUCGCCCGUGUUGUUUAAUAGCAGUGUGCUGAAUUACCUUUGUAAGUUUUAAUCCAGACUUUUGUUAACCAACCGCUCCAAUUAACCGACGCCAUGAUCCCCGAAUGUCCGCGCGCCGGGGACACCAGAAGCCGGACCCGCAUCCAGCUCAGCCCGGCUGCAGAACCGAGCCAGGACCGCAGCGCCAGCGGCUUGUUGUCCGAAAUAAAAACCACCAUCUGCAGCGAACCUUUCACCGAGCACUACGCCGUCAUCCCCGGGAAGGAGCUCGGAAGGGGGAAGUUUGCUGUGGUCAGAAAGUGCGUGGAGAAAUGCACAGGCCACGAGUACGCUGCAAAAUUCAUGAGGAAGAGACGGAAAGGCCAAGACUGCCGGAUGGAAAUCAUCCAUGAGAUCGCAGUGCUGGAGUUGGCAACAGCCAGCCCCCGGGUGGUCAACCUGCACCAGGUCUAUGAGAUGGCUUCUGAAAUGGUUCUGGUCCUGGAGUUUGCGGCUGGAGGUGAGAUCUUCAACCAGUGUGUGUCAGAUCAGGAGGACGAAGCCUUCAGUGAGGACGAUGUGAAGAGGCUCAUGAGGCAGAUCCUGGAGGGGGUCUCCUUCCUCCACCAGAACAACGUAGUCCACCUCGACCUGAAGCCUCAGAACAUCCUGCUGACCAGCAGCUCUCCUCUGGGUGACAUUAAGAUCGUGGACUUUGGCCUGUCCAGGAUGGUCAGCAGCCACCGGGAGCUCAGAGAGAUUAUGGGAACUCCGGAGUACGUUGCUCCAGAGAUUCUAAACUAUGAGCCCAUAAGCACAGCAACCGACAUGUGGAGUAUUGGUGUUUUGGCCUACGUGAUGCUGACAGGAAUCUCUCCGUUCCUGGGCGAGGACAAGCAGGAGACGUUUCUCAACAUUUCCCAGCUCAAUGUGAGCUACACCGAGGAGGAGCUGCAGCAGCUGGACCGGGCCGCCCUGUCCUUCAUCCAGAUGCUGCUCCGCAAACAGCCACAGGAUCGGGCCACAGCGGAGCAGUGUCUCACACACCCCUGGCUUCAGUCCUUAGAGCCUCAGGAAACCCAGGAGGUGGAGGUGAUCGUCCCAGUGGAGGACCAGGAGGCAUCCAGCUCCACCAACAGCCCCGAACCGCCCAGCAGCACAGCUGAGGAGGUGGAGGAGGACGUGGUGGAAGGCCCGCUGACGGAGGAGCUGAUAGUCAUGGCUGCCUACACCCUGGGUCAGUGCCGCCAGUCCUCCACCUCAGAGAAGGAGGCCCUGGCUGCCGAGCAGAAGGCUAUCUCCAAACGCUUCAAGUUUGAGGAACCUUUCAGCGCCCUGCAGGAGGUCCCUGGAGAGUUCAUCUACUGAGCCCACCCAGUUAGUGUCACGAUAACAAAUAUAGACCUUCUGAUUAUACAAACUCCCCUCCAUAUAAACUGUAUGUGUAUAAUCAGAUGCUGUUACAGUCAAUCGGAUGUUAUUUAAGUUGGAUUUUAAGUGCAUUUACUCACGUAUUUAUCCCAUAAUGCAUCACCUUGAUAAACAGCUACACUGGCUUUAUGUCUCUUGUUUCAUUUGGUUUGCAGUUGGAUUUUUAUUUUCCCUGUGAACAACUGGCCAAAUGUAGACACACACUGAGAUAUGCCCAGAGGCUACAGUAGAGUUUCGAAAUUGAUCUUCAACUUUUUGUGUUGAAGAGUGAGAUGUUCCUUAGGGCUGUCAUCUCAGACCAACAUUCAACAACAGGGAGACCUUCUGGCCUGGAUCUUAAAUAGGUAGGGGGCACAUACAGAAUACACAAGAAUUUAGAUGAAUGUGACCUCUCCAAACCGCUUGUUGUGAAUUCCCACAUGUAAAGCCUCAAUAAUGAAAUAAACCUGGCAUUAAAAUGAGAAACCUUUUUACUUGACUGACAAAACAGUCUCACCAUAUUUUUGGAGCUUUCAAUCACAUCACACGAGCUUCCUCAGCAGAUGGAGAUUGCCCAGUUUUAAUGUAAAGGUGAGAAAAAUAAAGACAUUUGAACUACAAUUCCAUGACAACCACGCAAACAUCUGCUGAAGAAAAUUGUGUGCUACGACCAAGAGUUCCAGAACCGCUACAUCAUUAUUCUUAUUAUUAUUAUUAUUUAGAACAUAGUCUGCUGGAGUCUACAUCCCACAGCAGACUCUCUAGAAGUAUCUGGACUUUUCAGUUACUCGUGUGCGAGUGCAGGGUAGGAUGACCAGAGACAGACCCAGAGGGGCAGGAAACAGUGCAGCCACAUGACUGACUGAUCAACGUGACUGAUCCAGUUUCAGUGUUUCAGCAGCUCACAGACAGCAAGUGCUUGAGGCAUGUAUCUGAUGCUCUCUGAUGCUGUACGUUGUGCUGUGCAUUCGGUGGUUUUAAGCCUCCGUGACAUCCAUUACAGUCUUGGAAUGGAUUAUCUGAUUUAAUGAAGCCAUACCCAUUUACAUCUAGCUAAAUAGAAUGGAGUACGUUUCUCAAAGGUGGGCUAAAAAUCCUGAUGACCUAAAAAGUAAAUAUUGAUUACACAAAUACCCUUUGCUCACUGUACCUAGACUUUAAAGCCCCUGAAAACUUGGUUUCAUUUCAUUUUUAAGUGUCUCCCUACAACAUUAAAGGUGCAUGAAUAAAUAAAUUUCAGGUUUGCUUUGGUGUUGUGUGGCCCCACCGCACAUGCUCAUAAGUAAUAGACAUUGGCGUGUCACACACUUCACUUUAUAACCGCCUUUCCAGGCUCUGCGGAAGUUUUACAAACAUAUACCUUCCUGGUUUAAAAAUUCAUAAUACAAAGAAUAACCUGACUGAGUUCACACACGGAGGCUUCUCUUUUAUAACCGCUGUCUCUGGGGAAAAUACCUUUUGGGCCGCAGUGGAUUUUUCUGUUGUGUUCAUGUUAAAUGUGUGAAAAUGUGUUUUCAGGGCCUUUAAUACUGGUGUCAUAGGUGUCUGGUUAUUCUGUCCAGUUACUACAAAUCAGUGGUCCCCAGUCAGAAUGAAGAACUCUUAGAGGCCCUGGUGUCAGAUACUGACUAGGCUCAUGUAUCAGUCAGGCUGUAUUAAGAAAUGAACUCCUGCCACAGAUACGAGAUGAUACAUCUGCUUCAUGUAGUGAUACCGCUGAGAGGUGUAAGCUGAGGAAAUCUCUCUGCAGCAUGAAAGACUGUGUGUAGAGCUUGUAUACAGUCAGAUAUGUCCAUGUGUACUGAUGACUGAUUUGCAGUUGGGAUUGUUUGUUGCACUUAUUACAAAACAGCAAGAAGGAACUGACAUCUAUUUUUUUUUUCAUGCUUUUUGAAUUCAGAAGCCAAAUCUUUGUUGAUUUCUGUCCACGAACUCGUAUGUGCUGCUUUCCUCUGAACAGAACCAGCUCCUAUCAACUCAGCCCUGUUUCUAUUUUGUCUUGUUUUUGGUGCCAUGCUUGGAGAAAAUAUUUGAUUAUUUUAACGCUUGCUGUUCCUUAUUUCAGGUGUUUCUGUGUCAUAUUGCAGAUUUCUCUGAGGCAGAAUGUUGGAGUUUUCUAAUUCUGUGUAUAUAAUAAAGUUUUGUGUUGUUUUUAAGAGUUAUAUUCAAAAGUACUGUUUAAAGAGCCAUUUCACAUAUUCCUCUGACAUUGCAGACUGACCUUCCCAUGGUUCAACUCUCUGAAAAUGACACGCUACACUUCCAGUGGGUCGGUACUGUAAAUGUAUGUGUAUGAAACAAUAAGCUGUAUUAAUACGGGAACAGAUUUGUACAUGAACGUUCUGUACUGUAAAUAAAUAUUUCAAAAGUG